AUGCGCCCCAGGGUUCAGUGGGUCGUUAUAACCCAGGCCGGGCGCCGGGAGCGGAGGCGUAGGCGGCUGCAGGACAGCGGCGGCGGCGCUGGGAGCGGGUUCCCCACCCCCUAUCUGGGGGACGUGGCAGCCCCGCCCCCGAGUCCAAGCCCCGCUCCCGAGCUCUAUUUCCGGCAACCCCCCCACCCCUAUUUUCUGCCCCCAGAGCCUGUUCUCGCAAGUGAUGUUGCUUCCUGCGACAACUCUUCUGCCGUCGGGCCCUCCGGGAGCACCCAGGACCUCGGACCUGGGGCCGGGGAGAACAGCCGGGCGUCUGACGGCACCAGCAGCCGCCUCGUGAAUGGGACCGACUGCGAGAGGCCCAGCCAGCCGUGGCAGGGUGCGCUGUUGCUGGGACCCAACAAGCUGUACUGCGGGGCCGUGUUGGUGGACUCGCAGUGGCUGCUCACGGCUGCCCACUGCCGAAAGCAAGUUUUCAGAAUCCGUCUUGGCCACCAUUCCCUGUCACCCAUCUAUGAAUCCAGGCAGCAGCUGUUUCAGGGGAUCAAAUCCAUCCCCCACCCUGGCUCUUCCCACCCCGGCCACUCCAAUGACCUCACGCUCAUCAAACUGAACGAAAGAAUCUGUGAGGCUCAACACGUCGGGCCAUCAACGCCUCCCAUUGUCCAUCCGCUGGGACCAGCUGCUUGGCGUCUGUCUGGGAAAAGACCAGCAGUCCCCAGGGGUGAUUCCGGAGGCCCCGUGGUCUGCAGUGGUUCCCUCCAGGGCCUUGUGUCCUGGGGAGACUUUCCCUGCGCCCAGCCCAACAGACCCGGCGUCUGCACCAACCUCUGCUGGUUCUCCAAGUGGAUCCAGGACACUAUCCAGUCUAAUGCAUGAGUCGUCCUAGGACCUGGCUUUCUGGCCUCCCUCGCCCCCUGCAAGUCCCCACCCCUGCAGGGACCCCAACACUCCUUCCAGACACCACUUCCUUCCCCAAAAUGUUGAGUUUGUUCAUCUCUCCAGUGCCCCGCCCCCAGUCUCCUGGAAUCAAGGUCCCCCUUCCCGGACAGUGGAUGGACAGGUCCUUCUGGUCGGACCCUGAAGACGGUUCCCAUAAUGACCGGGGCGAGAGCUGCACUGCACCUCUGUCUCCCCAGUGCUUCCUUCCUCAGGUCCAGAGUCCACCUUCUCUGCAGCUGUGACCCAAAUCUGGUCCCAGAAAUAAAACGUCUGAGAAGUGG